GAGUAAUCGAAGACUUCUUACAGGCAACAGUAUGGAGGCCAAGGACGCCAAUUCAAAGAAUGAGAGAGACGACCAUCUAGAUAGAUCCGGAGAGAUACCAACAUCAGAUGACUUUUCUGAAUUGAGCACUAGUACUAGUGAGGUCGAAGAAACUCAGGCGACUUCUGGAACGGUGUCUGAUUCAGAAGAGAAUAUAACUAUUACAUCUAAACACAACGACCAGAAUUCCAAUACUGUCGGUUUCGAACAAAAACUAGCUCCCAGUGAGGAACUCGUGGAUAAAGCUGUAGCUGUAGUUUCUCAGAACGAUGAAGACGUGCAAAACUUCAGCAACAAUGCGACGCAGGAGGCAGCCGAAGCAGAAAAUAAGUUAUCCCCAGACAGUGAUAGCAUUCCCGAAGACCUUGAAGGAGACGGUAAUGCUGACGAGUUCAAUAAUUUUCCAAACCAAGAAACCAAUUUCGCAUUCAAUGAAGACGGUCAGAAUGACGACUUUGGUGACUUUGGGGAUUUCGACGGACCUGGAGACCUAUCCAAUGUAGACGACGAUUUUGGUGAUUUUGGCGACUUUGACGAAGUUUCAGAAAUGAAAAAUUCGAUUGAGACACAACCUGAAGAUAUUCAUUUAGAUGGAAUCGACAGUUAUCUGCAGUCACUGCAGGAUGGGGAUGUGAGCAAUGUGACCGGGUUUCUAGACAGUUUCUUCGACAAAUCAUUGGAAAACAGCACGCCAGAAAAUACUUCAAAUUCGAUCGAAUCAAUAAUUGGAAGUCCAACUUCGCCAGAUCCAAUACAGUCGCCCUCUGAAAGGAACUUGAACGAAAGAAGCAGAGCACUCCUUUCAACAGAAACCUCCAUGGAUCUGUGGGACAAGCUCUCUACGGAUUCAGUAUUCUACAAUCCAAUCACCGGAGCAGUUGGGCAAUUUCAGUGGACAAGAUCAGAAAUCAAUAAGGUGUAUCUACGAUCUCUUGGAGUCACCAUCAAUGUUGAUGAUGCUCUGCGUCAUUCAUCCUCCUCACUUCCUUCAUCGCCUUAUAUGGAGACGGUAAGGUCACCAAAUGGAAGGGCAAGUCAGGGAGGCUAUCUAGAAAAGAAAUCACCCCCGCCGCGGAUGGAUAGGAAGAGGUCUUCUAAGCAUCAUCAACACACAAAAGCUAGUUCGCUGUCUGGAAUCAACUUACCAGUGCGUGAGAUCAAUGUUGUUGAGCCUAAAAAGCCGGAACCCGAACCUGAGCUGGAUAUUGAUAUAGCGAGAGCAUAUUGCGAGCUUACGGAGGAUACUGUCCGGGUUUUCCCUGCUGUGAAGCUAACAUCUAUCAUUACUGACUUGACGCGACUUCAACGACAAGCUUCGGACUACUUGCAAUACCUUCUUGACCAACGAGAGCAACUGAUAAUGGACUCAGAAACAUACAAUGACCUAAUUAGCUGUAUUGUUGGUCAUGCACAGAGAUUACGUGAACAGAGCCCCAAGGACGCCAGCCCAGCAAUGGUCCAGAAAAAGAAACAAGGGUCAAUGUCUCUAGGAGGAAUUGGUCUAAAGCGGAAAAGUCAGCAAGCUGCCCCUGGGCAGGCUGCGUUUAGUGCCUCCAUGGGUGGUGGUGUUGUAGGUAUUAAGAAUUCGGCUGGCACCGGAACGCGCAAAAUAGAGCGAGGACAUAGUACGAGCUCCAUCCAACCCGUGGCGACAACCUCAACUCCAAGUCAAAAUGCAGCCCAUAAGGAAAGCUUACAUGACUAGACAUCGAUACCCCUACUCUGAAAAGCAAUAGUGUUUUUAUUUCCUCAAUAAUAUAAAAAAUCCAAUACAAUACAAUACAAUACAAUAGAUUAGCUUUUGAAGAUCUUUUCAAAGCCCAUGUAAACCCUAGCAUUUCACCUUCCAGCUAUUUUUUUGCUUCCUUUUCUGCUAAGCGUACAGACGCUGUUCACCACACUAACAGUUUCGCAGCUCCGGCUCGAGCCAUGGUAUACCAAUGACUUCAAAUGCUUCUUUUUCAUCAGUCACAGGGAUGCGAUGAGAGUGGCUACGAUCUGUGAAAAUUCCAAAGCUUGCUACAUGCAGUCCCUUUGUCUGAAAAUUUUCAAUG